AUGAACGCCAGGAACAACAUAUUUCAGAUCCUCCGACAGGAGGAUAAGAUAAAGAGGAAGACGAAGCAGCUGAAGGAGAGCCAGCAGAAGAAGGAGAAUGAGAAGGAGAAUGAGAAGAAGGACGCCAGCACAUUUUCCUUCGAUAUCAGCAAGUACUCCUCCUGGGCCGACAUGAUGGACGAGUAUGACGAGUUCUUUUACGAGGUGGAGAAACUGAAUGAUCAGGAGAAGAACGGAGCAAAUGACAACAAGGAGAAGAAAAAAAAAAAAACGAAAAAAAAAAAAAAAGACGACGAAUACAGUGAUGACAGUAGUGAGGGAGACAAGGAGGACGCGGACGAAGCCGCCAAACCAAACGCCACCGAAAAGGAAACAAAGAACAACAAAUCGUCUAGCACUCCUAAUGCGAAGAAGAAGCAAAAUGGAAGUGCUAAUGGAGUUAAUAACCUAACUAAACAAAAACAAAUCGAGAGAAAAAAAAAAUACAAAAGGGAAAGAGAAAAAAAUAAACUGGAAAAUAUUCUACUUGAAUUCACAAGCACAUAUAACCCCAGCGUGGAAAAGGAAGUGCAGGAUGGGGAGGAAGUCCCGAAUGGAGCUGAGUCGGUGGAGAUUACUGUGACAGGAAGUGGCGGUGGAGGAGGAGGGGCUACGCCCACUGGUGCAGAUGCAAAUGGCCCAGCGGUGGAGAACCAAGGCGAGGGGGAUAAUGAAGACAAGCUAAAGAAAAAGGAGAAGAAGAAAAAAAAAGACAAGAAGAAAAAGGAAAAGAAGAAGCAGGAAGAACUGAACGAGUCACUUAAGAGGGAGGAUCUGGGUAUGGUUGCCCCUGGAGACGCGGCGGACCAGGGGGCCAAAGCGGUCUGCCACGCGAUCGCCAACGGCGAGGCAGGCACGUACCAUCCCAAGGAGAUAACCCCCCUCGCGGUGAACGAGAAAUUAAAAAUGCUCCUCAGCAUGACGUCGAAGAAAAAAAAGAAACGAGAAAAAAUCGACGACAUCAUUGCCAUCGUGGAGAGAGAGGAAAAUAUAAAAAAAAAGCAGCAGGACAAAAUUAAGCAGAAGGAGAAGCAGAAGUUAAAGAUGCUCCAGAAGUCGAUGCAGUGA